AGUUGAUGGUUGUCACGGUAGCAGUGGCGUCAUGGCGGCUAUACUCGCAGGGGGCACCGAGAACAAGCUCCUGGAUGCGAACCGGUACGCCACAAAAAAGACGAUAGCACAGGGUAUGCUAGAUAUUGCCCUGCUCACCGCAAACGCAAGCCAGCUCAAGUAUAUACUCCAGGUCGGCGACAGACACGAGUUCUACUCGCUCAUGUUGGGUCUCAUCACCACUUCCAUCAUACUACAGGUUUGCGUUGGCGUAUUGUUCAUAAUAAUAGGAGGACUAAACAUAAAUAAUCCUCCUGACUGCUCGACAGCAAUCAUCCUAAAUGACAUCAUCGUCAUCAUGAUAUUUUUAAUCUCUUUGGACAACAUAAUAAUUUCUGGAUUUGGAAUGGAACACUCCAACCAGCCGCUGAAGCUGCUUUCUUAUAGCAAGGUGGCAAAUUCUACAAGAAAAUGAACUUGAAGCAAUAGUGGAAGAUAAAACGUCAGUUUUGAUUCGCAAAGUGAACAUUGUAUUUUGUGUGGGAGGAACUGUUUAAUAGAUCGUAGAAACCUAGACUUGUUGGCUGAAUAGAUAAAGUUUGUUCUACAGUAUUACUUUUUACAUUUUAAAAUAAGUGCCUUAAAGUUUAAAACUAUUAACAAAACACAGAGAAAAUAAAUGUAAAACAGAACAUUUUAAAUAAAGCACUUCAUAUGUAUUAAUAUUGUAGGACAGCAAAUUACUUCUAAGAUUGACAUUUUUAUAUAUGUAUCUUAUUAUGUAGUAAACUGUGUAGUUAAGGAAAAAUGAAAAUGAACUACAAUGAUAAAUGUGUAAUUCAUUGUGAUUUGUUUUAAAUAAAUUAUACUGGCUCAAAAUAUAAAAUAGUUUCGCAUAUUUUCACAAGCCCGAACGACAUAGAGUUAUAGCUUGAACCAUUAGCUAAAAUUAAUAAUUUUCAAUAGUGA